GAACCACGAACCGGACUAACGCGGAAGAGGACCCUCUGCGGUGACGCCGAGUCUGCAGAGAAAGAUCCUAAUACCUUCCAUGGAACUGGGGGCUAAGAUAGGUUCUGUGUACUGAGUUCUUGAAGACAGCAGUCAGUGAUAAUAACCUUGCUGCUGAGAGUCUUGGAGGAGGCAAGUGAGGGAAUUUGAAGCACAAGACCCAUUAUGGGAUAGUGAAGUCCCUGUGAGACUGGAGCUGGAGUGUGAAGAACAGAUCACCUCAUUUUCCUGUUUUCCCAUUUUCAUCCAGGAUGACUUCAGUGACCAGAUCAGAAGACCAGGAACCAACGAUGUUCAAGACUCAGGAUCAUCAAUUGCAACCAAGUCUCAAGCCUUUGGAAGCACUGCCUCAGUCCUCUGCCUACCAGGAAAUGAUGACACAAGGCAUUUCAAAAGAAAAAAACCACCUUGGCUCCAGCCCUGGAGAGGGAGAAGGUUGUGGUGCUGACCACCAGGAGGGACCUCAGUUGAGGUCCUUUCAUUUGUCCCCUCAAGAACAGUCUGUCCGUCAUCAAGACAGAAGGCAGUCCUGGAGACGAGCGAGCAUGAAAGAGAUAAACCGGCGGAAGUCACUGGCUCCCUUUCACCCCGGCAUGACAGAGCUCAGCAGGUCAAUCAGUGGGAAGUUAGCACAGAGCCAACGGCUUGGCGCCCUCCUGCUCUCCAGCUUCCAGUUCUCUGUUGAAAAACUUGAACCUUUCUUAAAGAGCACUAAGGACUUCAGCCUUGAAUGUUUUAGAGCGAAAGCAUCUUCUCUCUCUGAAGAAUUGAAACAUUUUACAGACAGGCUGGGAAAUGAUGGAACACUACAAAAAUGUUUUGUUGAAGAUUCAAAAGAAAAAGCACCAGAUUUUUCACUGGAAGCAUCAGUAGCCGAGGUGAAAGAAUAUAUAACAAAGUUUUCUUUAGAGCGCCAGGCCUGGGAUCGGCUCUUAUUGCAGUACCAGAAUGAGGUUCCACCUGAAGAGAUGCCCAGAGAAUCAACUGAAACCAAAAUCACUGAAGUCAAGGUGGAUCCUGCAACAUACCUCAAGUCCUCCCAGAAGGAAGUUCUUACCACGAAGCCUGACUACCAGAGAAUAGUACAGGAUCAGAACCAGGUGUUUGCCUGUAUGGAGUUAGUGAUGGAUGAGCUACAAGGAUCAGUGAAGCAGCUGCAAGCCUUCAUGGAUGAAAGUACUCAGUACCUCCAGAAGGUGUCAGCACAGCUCAAGAAGAGAAGUAUGGAACAAUUAGAUUCUUCACCUGCUCGAAAACUGCUCAAGCUCCCCCCACAGAGCUCAUCCACCACCCAGUGAUCAGGGUCCUGUCAGGGAUCUUACCUCACAGCAGUCAGCUGGAAGGUCCCGGCUCUAUAGCACUUUCACUGUUUCUGAGUGACAGCAUGUAUGUAUCCAGAAGAGUGUGUUAAGGACACUUUUUAUAGGAAUGUGCAAGAUGCUUAAAAUGACCUUUAGAACCAGUCUCUUGCUGCUCUAAAUAUCCUCAUGGCCAGUGCUUUUCAUCCCAUAAAACAACCCAAAGACAUUUAGAACCAACCAUAAGGAAAUGUUUUAGGGCCCAAGGCAGGUUGUCGUCAUAGAAGACUGACACUAAAGUGUGCAACUGAAGGUUAACAGGUGUGUGUGGACACUUUUUAUAGUGUUCUGAUGUCUGUAGUGUGCUUUAGUUUUUAAUAUUGAAUUGACUUCCUAAACUCUAAAUUCGUGACAAGAAAGGGCUGAGACCAUUUUUUUUCCUUUGGGAAUUCCCCCUGCCUCCCUAAGAAUUGAACCCCAGGCUUUGUGAGUGCUAGGGAAGCACUCUCAGAAAGCUCUAGUCCCCGUGGUUUUGGGGUUUUGUUUUAAGUUCUAGUUACUGAACGGCUCCUGGAACAUAACAGUCCUAUGAACUAUAUUUUAAAAACCGCGUGUUGUGGUUUCCUGUGGCUGAGAUACAGUUACUUAACCUCUUAUCUAGAACAUUAGGAGGAUGUUAGAGUCUAUGUUGUAAGGAAACUGUAAGGAUUUGUGUAAAGAGUAAAAGUCUAGAACAGUGUUACAGUUUGUUGUUGAAGACUUAAAAAUGAGUAGACAGUAGUUAAUGAGGCGAGAAAACUAUCUAAUUUGGAAAACUCAAGCAGACACAUAUAAAGUCUGAAUUAGAAAUAAAUUUAAAAGUUAUGCCCAGUUGUUGGAGUGAUGUUUUUGUACACUAUGUGUCUCUGCCCUUCCUUAUCUUCCUAAAGCACCUUCU